AUGGCCCGCUCAAUCGGAUUCGAGGACCUGGCACUCGAACUGCGCCAACAAAUCUAUUACCUCGCCCUCACCUGUCGCCACAUCAUCGGUGCCUUCUCCCGCAAGUUUGGCCGCCAAAACAGCAAGCUCAUCAAGCACAUCAUCAUUCCCCACUUCACGGUCGACCGCCUCUUCUACGACAAGCGCAUCCAAGAGGGAAUCUACAUCGACUCGCGGUACCACGAAGGCCAGUACACAUACAACGACGCUCUCCGGCGCGACCCUGUCUGGAUGGAGAUCGGUCAGGACCACUUUCCCCUGGAGAAGGUCCUGCGACAUAUGAGGAAGAUGGGAGGUGAUAUGGAGCUUGGUGUGUAUUGGUCUGAGCUCGGAUGUCAUUGGGGUGCUGCGGAGCUGGGUGUCGGGCGUCCCGAGCUUGCUAAGCUGGAGGAUGAGAAGAAGAAGGCCAUGCAGACAGAGCUUGUGGACGUGUUGGGCAAGGUUACGGGGAAGCAUGUUCGAUGCCUGGGACCUCUUCCGGCGUGCUAUGCCGAGGUUGAUGUUGUGGAGGAGUCUAAGGGUAUGUCGCGGGCCCGUGGGCAGAAGCGGUCUUUGUCGGAAGCACUGAAUGCUGAUGCUCUCCCUGCGCCGGCCCCGGCUAAGUUGAGGCGCUCGCCGAGGAUCGGAGAUAGGAUUCGCAGGCUGUUCUGA